CAGGCUUUGAUUUCCCUCUGGAAGGAAUGUACACAGCUUGCGUUCCCUUCAAUUCCUUCAUAUUCCUUCAAAAGAUUUUACCCUCUCUUGAUUCAAAAACCCAUCCAACACUCCAGCUUAAUUACCUGUAGCACUUUUCUACCAUAAAUCCCUCUUUCUCUAUCUCUCCUCUCUCCUCCACCACCAACCAUUCACACUUCUUCCUUGUCCCUCUAAAAUUCCGUUCAAUUUUUUGCCUUUUGCUUCUUCUUCAUUAAAACCCAUCAGCCUCAUCUGUAAAGGAAGGAUCUUGUGUGACUUUAUGAGAUUAAAGAGUGAAAGAACUCGAAAGGGGAGAAGGGUUUUUGUUGAGUCAACCACAAUGACUAUUGAAGAGGUGAUGAUAGAAGAGGAGGAGAGGCUCCCUUUGCUAGAUUCUGAAAACCAUUCCAGGCCUCUACGCAUUGCUCUCUUUGUUGAGCCUUCCCCAUUUGCAUAUAUAUCAGGGUAUAAAAACAGGUUCCAGAAUUUUAUAAGGUAUUUACGAGAAAUGGGUGAUGAGGUAAUGGUUGUGACAACACAUGAAGGGGUACCCAAGGAGUUCUAUGGAGCAAAAUUGAUUGGAUCACGAAGUUUUCCUUGCCCUUUUUAUCCAAAAGUGCAGCUUUCCUUGGCAUUUAGCCCUAGAAUAAUCUCAGAGGUUGCUAGGUUCAACCCUGACAUAAUACAUGCAACAUCACCUGGCAUAAUGGUCUUUGGUGCUCUUGCUAUUGCUAAGCUACUAAGUGUGCCCUUAGUAAUGUCUUACCACACCCACGUACCAGUGUAUAUACCAAGAUACACAUUUAGUUGGCUAGUGAAACCUAUGUGGAUGAUCAUUAAAUUUCUCCACAGAGCAGCUGAUCUUACACUGGUACCAUCAGCUGCCAUUGGGAGGGAUCUCCAAGCAGCUAAGGUGACGUCAGCCAACAAGAUUUAUCUUUGGAACAAAGGUGUAGAUCAUGAAAGCUUCCACCCUCGUUACCGCUCUCACAAUAUGCGACUAAGACUGAGCAAUGGUGAGUCAGAGAAACCAUUGAUUAUACAUGUUGGACGUCUUGGAUUUGAGAAGAAUCUGGAUUUCCUCAAAAGGGUCAUGGACAGACUUCCUGAUGCAAGAAUUGCUCUCAUAGGAGAUGGGCCAUACAGAGUGGAGUUAGAAAAGAUGUUCGCUGGCAUGCCUGCAGUCUUUACUGGAAUGUUACAAGGUGAAGAGCUAUCUCAGGCAUAUGCAAGUGGGGAUGUGUUUGUGAUGCCUUCAGAAUCUGAGACGCUUGGACAAGUUGUUUUGGAGGCCAUGUCUUCAGGAAUCCCUGUUGUGGGAGCUCGUGCUGGAGGAAUCCCUGAUAUAAUUCCUGCAGAGCAGGAGGGGAAAACUGGCUUCCUCUUUAAACCUGGAGAUCUUGAGGACUGCUUGAGCAAAUUGAAACCCCUUUUAAACAACAGGGAACUGAGAGAAACCAUUGGCAAAGCGGCACGUGAAGAAAUGGAGAAGCAUGACUGGAGAGCUGCCACUAAGAAAAUUCGCAACGAAAAUUACACUGCCGCAAUUUGUUUCUGGAGAAAGGAAAAAACUCUGCUGCUAAGACCCCUGCAAUGGUUGGCAAAAUGGAUUUUCCCAUCACCAGAAGUGAACUAAAUGAUGCAAUAUACCUCAAAGGUUGGUGAAAAACUUGGCUUUCGGCUUCAAUCAAGCUCUUCCUGGCUGUGUCUGUAUUUUUCUGAUUGAUUCUUUAUAAUUGAUUUGAUUUGUUGUACACUGUUGAUAUUGAUUCUUCUACAAUUCAACCUCAUUAUUUCUUAUUUCAACAUAAGAAAUUCUGUUAUGUCAU